UUCGGGGGCAGACAUGUCUCACGAUAUUUCGUUAACCGUAAGCGAAUGGCGAUUAACGAUAACUCAACUCGCCGACGACGAGUUAAACAAAACAUACGGAUAGGUUAGGUAGCGUCUCAUUAAUACGUAUCAAAUGCAUGUGGAAUUAUUCACAUUUUCUCUUUUCAUAUUAUUUCUGAGCGCUACUGAAAGAAUUUUUCCCCGCGACACGUUUUCGAAUGUUUCUCGAAGGUUACGAACGGGCGCGUAAAUGCCUCGCAAAGUAAAGCAAAACAACCAGGGUGAAGGUAGCCGCUUUUCUAGUUCGCCAUUUUGUCGCGUUCCAGGUGUCGCGAAUCAAAAAGUAUUCCAUGUCGAGCACGUUUGACGAUUUCUCGCAUAGCCCACGUCGAGAAAAUUCUUGCCAAUUUUUCUCAACGUCAAGUAAGGUUAAAAAUAUCGAGAGAGUGGACGUUCGCGUCUCGCUCGUCGCGCGCGUUUCUUUAUUCGUGACUGUUCGGCAGCCAUGUUGGAUAACGUAGUGCGGCAUUUCCUGAUAUCUCGCAAAUUCCGGACGUCGCCGCGAGACGUCUUCGUUUGACAGAUUGUCAGUGUGUGUAUGCGGCCGUUCCACGUGAAUUCUUUGUUUGGGCGCCGGUCAUGGUUUUGACAAGUGUUGGGAUCGCGAGGUGGUAGCGCGCGUACGCUGCAUGGCCCGCCAUCUGUGAUGGCAGGGAAAGAUGGGAAGCUAGAGUCAAAAGGCGGCGAUGUUAUCCGGCAAGGAUUCAUGAUAAAACGCUCGCAGAACAAGAAACGCUUCACUCCCGUCAAUUACAAGCAACGGUGGUUCGUGCUGACGAAGCAUUAUCUCAUCUACUACGAUGGGGACGGCGAGCGUCGCAAGGAACGCGGGCGGAUCGCCGUGGAGAACGUCCACGUGGUGGAAACGGCCAGCCUCGGAAAUGGUAGCACUGGUGGCGGAGGCGGCGUCGGCGACGCGGCGGGUGGCGGCGAUGCGGGCGGUGGAAGCAGCGGGAUACCAUGCGGACUGCCUUUCCAGGUGGGAUAUCGCGAGGCUGGACAAGAGUACACGCUCUAUCUCCUCGCCACUCGCGAGCAGGACCGUGCCGAAUGGAUACGCGCGAUACGUGCUGUAUGCAGCGAGAACUCGGGCCUGAGCGGACGUUACCACGCGGGCCUCUGGAGCGGGAAGCGCUGGUCCUGCUGCCGAUUAUCGACACGCUCUGCCGAAGGCUGCGACACUUGCAGUUCCUGGUCCACGAAGCCAGCUGCGAACGCUACGAAUCCGUCCUCGACGACGUCGAUAUCCGGCGGCACCGUGAACAACUCCAUAAUCAUGUCCGAUCAUCGCUCGCAAUCGACGCAGAAUGCCGAGGCGAACAACAAUCCGAUAAUCCAAUCCCAAAGCCGCUCGACGAUCGGAACGCCCUCGACUCCGAUAAUGCCAGGCGGUACACCUGGUACACCAUCCUCUAAAGCAAAGGAAAAGGUAAUGCUGCGGGCAAAGAUCGUAGUAGCACUAUAUUCUUUUCGAGCCAUCGAAGGUGGCGAUUUAUCGCUGGAAAAGGGUGCAGAAUAUGAAGUCUUGGAUGACUCUCAAGAGCAUUGGUGGAAAGUUAAGGACGAAAAUGGAUCAAUCGGCUACAUCCCUAGCAACUAUGUGAAAGAGAAGGAAUUACUGGGACUUCAAAAAUACGAAUGGUACGUAGGUGAUAUGUCAAGACAACGCGCCGAAUCGUUGUUAAAGCAGGAAGAUAAGGAGGGUUGUUUCGUUGUUCGUAAUUCUUCGACCAAAGGGCUCUACACACUCUCCCUUUACACGAAAGUGCCACAUCCACACGUGAAACAUUACCACAUCAAGCAGAACACUCGCGGCGAAUUUUAUUUGUCAGAGAAACACUGCUGCGGCUCCAUUCCAGAUCUGGUUAAUUACCAUAGACACAACAGUGGUGGUCUGGCCAGCCGAUUGAAGACCAGCCCCUGCGACCGUCCUGUUCCACCAACUGCCGGCCUCAGUCACGACAAGUGGGAGAUUGACCCGGCAGAAUUGCAUUUACUAGAAGAACUCGGGUCCGGCCAAUUUGGAGUCGUGCGGAAAGGGAAGUGGCGCGGCUCCAUCGACGUCGCCGUGAAGAUGAUGAAGGAGGGAACCAUGUCCGAGGACGAUUUUAUAGAAGAAGCUAAAGUAAUGACGAAACUACAACAUCAAAACUUAGUUCAACUGUAUGGCGUCUGCAGUAAAGAUAGACCGAUAUACAUUGUCACCGAAUACAUGCGACAUGGAUCUCUCCUCAACUACCUCCGCCGGCACGAAACCUCAUUAGGCGCAAAUGUUGGCCUCUUGUUAGACAUGUGUAUACAGGUUUGCAAAGGAAUGGCGUAUUUAGAGAGGCAUAACUACAUACACCGAGAUCUUGCUGCACGUAACUGCUUAGUGGGAUCGGAAAACAUAAUAAAAGUCGCAGACUUUGGCUUAGCUAGGUACGUUCUCGAUGACCAGUACACCAGCAGUGGAGGCACCAAAUUUCCCAUUAAGUGGGCGCCGCCGGAAGUGCUGAACUACACGCGUUUCAGUUCGAAAUCAGACGUGUGGGCGUACGGAGUACUUAUGUGGGAGGUGUUCACAUGUGGCAAGAUGCCUUACGGCCGCCUGAAGAAUACCGAAGUUGUCGAGCGGGUACAACGGGGGAUCAUACUGGAGCGACCCAAAGCUUGCUUUAAGGAGGUGUACGAGGUGAUGCGUAAAUGCUGGGCGCACUGUCCGGAGGUACGGCCAUCUUUCCGCGUCUUGAAAGAUCAGUUGAUGAGCGUCUCCCAAGGACUGGUCAACGAUUGACUCAACCUUCUGGGGUGCAUGCGCCUGUCUUCACCCUCCUGCCGUUCGAUUCGAUCGCCAGCGAAAUCGUCGACGUCGUCGGAACGAUCGCCCUCCACCGCUUCACCCUCGUCGAAUAAUCUGCCGUACAACUCGGCCACGUUGCCGUCGUCGCGCAAGACCCGCGCGCCUGCCUCCCCCCCGCCUCUUACGAUCGAUUUCCCGCAUCAUUUCUCGUCGGCCACAUGCAAAUCAAAAGGAAAGGGCUCCUCGUCGCCGAGUAUACCCGGGCAUCAAACUAGUCAGCAACAACCAUCCUCGAGCUCGAUCAGUAACGUGUGUGACGUCUGCAGUUCCUACGGACAUCCGUGGAUCGAAAUAUGCAAAGCGAUACGAGCCACUAAAGAUAAAUGAAUAAAUGCGUGUACGUGUAUACGCGUAUACGUGUGUACGUGUAACGUGAGUUUACACCAACUCUGUAGCGCUAUUACACAUUAGGCAGCCGUACCGUAAUUCAGAGAUAUGGUUCUAAAUCCCGUAAGCGCGUAACGCUCAUCCUUUUCCGUUUUAUCCUUUUCUCUUCAUGCAUCUCUGAGUACUUUGAAAAGUGUGUAUCUGUGUGUGUUCCGCGAGAGAUGUUGCACGAUUUUAUCCGAUACUGGGAUGCGUGAUACUACUUGUGUGUUUCACAUACUAUUUUUCCCAUAUAAUUUUUUGACUUUACUCUGUAUCGUAAUAAAUAAAUUUAUAAAUAGAACAAUA